UGGGACUAUCGACGGUUUGUGGCUGCACAGGCGGCUGUGCCCCCUGCAGAGGAGCUAGCCUUCACUGACAGUCUCAUCACCCGAAAUUUUUCGAACUACUCUUCCUGGCAUUACCGCUCCUGCCUCUUGCCUCAGCUGCACCCCCAGCCAGACUCUGGCCCACAGGGGCGCCUCCCUGAAGAUGUGCUGCUCAAAGAGCUGGAGUUGGUACAGAAUGCCUUCUUCACUGACCCCAAUGAUCAGAGUGCCUGGUUCUACCACCGCUGGCUCCUGGGCCGAGCUGACCCCCAGGAUGCUCUGCGCUGCCUGCAUGUGAGCCGGGAUGAAGCCUGUCUGACCGUCUCCUUCUCUCGGCCCCUCCUAGUAGGCUCUGGGACAGAGACCCUGCUGCUCAUGGCUGAUGAGUCACCUCUGAUUGUGGAGUGGAGGACCCCAGAUGGCAGGAACCGGCCCAGCCAUGUCUGGCUCUGUGACCUGCCUGCUGGCUCCCUCAAUGACCAGUUGCCCCAGCAUACAUUUCGUGUUGUUUGGACAGCAGGUGACGCCCAGAAGGAGUGUGUGCUUUUCAAAGGCCGCCAGGAGGCCUGGUGCCGGGACUCAGCCACCGACGAGCAACUAUUCAGGUGUGAGCUGUCAGUGGAAAAGUCCACAGUGCUGCAGUCCGAGCUCAAAUCCUGUAAGGAGCUACAGGAGCUGGAGCCUGAGAAUAAAUGGUGCCUGCUCACCAUCAUCCUCCUCAUGCGGGCACUGGACCCACUCCUCUAUGAGAGGGAGACGCUGCAGUACUUCCAGACCCUCAAGGC